AUGAAUGAAAAGAUAGGAGUUGGUAAAACGUGGGCUCAGGACGUUCUGCUUUAUAAUAUAAAAAGUCUUGAAAGAGAAGAAAAAGAUUUUUCUCUUUUGUAUAUUACCUAUUUAUUAAAUACGAUAUAUAAUAAAUAUAAGAGUAUACAACCAGUGUAUAUUUAUUUUAUAUGUUCUCAAAAAAAAGAAAAGGAUAUGUGCAUUGAUAAUAAUAAAAAUUACAAAACAAAUGUUCAUAAGAAUCAUAACCAAAACAGUUUAGUAUAUUAUACCCCUAGUUCAAUUAUGGAACAAUAUUUUCCAGAUAUAUUUCAGAAUGUUUAUUUUUUAUGUGCUCACUAUACUAUAUUAAAUAAAGAAAUAAAUGAAAAAGAUCAUAUAGAUUACAUAAAAUAUAAUAAAGAAAAGCAAAAGUAUGAUGAAAAAAAAGAAACGUUUUAUUUUAUCUUUACAUUUUUUAUGGAACCUCAUUUUAUAUGGGAAGAAUUAAAUAUUCCAAUUUUUCAUGAGAAAGGAUAUGUAGAAUGUAUUUUUGAUUCUGUUAAUAAUCUUAUAAAAUUAAAGACUAUAUUUAAUCCUUUACAUGACCUCAGACAAAAUACAUAUGAUAAAACGUUAAUACAAUACAUUUUUAAUAUGAAUAAAAAGAGGAACAAAAAAAAAAAAUUUAAUUGUAAUAAUGAUAAUCAAAUUAACCAUGAUACAAAUUAUUAUAAUGAACAUAAUAAUGUGUUAACGGCAGGUAUCAGAGGUAAUAUAAAACAAAAUAAUAAUAUAUACAAUAAUAAUGAUAAUAAUGAUCACAAUAAUAAUGACAUUAUGAGCGAUCUUUUGAAGGAUAUUAUGAAUGGAUAUCACCUUACCUAUAGUAAUAUAAAAAAAAAAGGAAACCAUAUAAAUACAUACCAUAAUGAUGAGCAUAUAGAAUAUCCAAGCAUAUUUUCAUCAUUAAAUAAUAUGAAUAAUAAUAAUAAUGGUGAUAAUGAUAAUGAUAAUGAUGAUAAUAAUGAUGAUAAUAAUAAUAAUAAUAAUAAUAAUAAUAAUAAUAAUAAUAAUAAUAAUAAUGAUAAUAAUAAUGAUAAUGAUAAUGAUUUAUACUGUUAUAAUUAUCAUAUAAAAAAGGAAGAAAUAAAUGACCAUGUCCCAAGAGUACAACUCUUACCAUUUUUUAUUUCAUCAAAUUAUUUAUAUAAGAAUAAUAAAAUUUGUAAAACUCGUGUCAUAAGCUUUAAUGAAAAGGAUAUUUAUUUUAAAAAUGACGAGAGUCAAAAUAUUCCAAAGGCCAUGGUUUUAUAUAUUAGAAAUAAAUUAUCUAAUAAAUUAAAAAAUAUAGAAAAGGAUGUUAUAAAAAAGGAGAAAGAACAUGUUAAACGAAUACUUAUAAAAAAUAAAAGAAAAAAAAUUAAAAAAAAUUCAAAGCAUGAAAGUUUUAAACCGACAAAGGAUUUAUAUAAAAUACAUAAUGAUCCUAUAAAUCAAAAAAAAAAAAAAGCGAAUAUUAAUCAAUAUAUUAUCAACAAAAAUAAUAAUAAUAAUAAUAAUAAAAAUAUUGUACCUAAUAUUCAACAUAAUAAUAUUAUGAACGUUCUUAAUUUUAUACAAAAUAAUCUUCAAGAUAAUCUACAAGAUGUAAAAUUACAAAAACUAUUAUUAAAAUAUUACAAAAAUUAUAUUAAAUGUGAUUAUAAAGAAAAUAUAUAUAUAAGUAAUAAUGAUUUUAUCAAUACAUUAUCAUUAAUUCAACAUAAUUAUAAAUUCAUCUGUAAAGAUAAUAGCCAAUUACAUAAUACAUUAAUAGACCCAUGGCAAAUAGGAAUAGGAGAAAAUAAUUUAAGACUAAUGAAAAAAUUGUUUUCACAAAGAAUAUAA